AUGUGUUUUAAUAUUCAAAAUGUUUCAUUGCAUAAUCUCUCUCUCAUCUAUCUAUCUAUCUAUCUAUCUAUCUAUCUAUCUAUCUAUCUAUCUAUCUAUCAGCCUGUCUGUAUGUUUGUCUGUUCAAUAAUAUCUAUCUAUCUAUCUAUCUAUCUAUCUAUCUAUCUAUCUAUCUAUCUAUCUAUCUAUCUAUCCAACCAUCUGUCUGUCUGUCUGUCUGUCUGUCUGUCUGUCCGCCUGUCUGUCUCCUUUUUGUUUAAAUCUAUCUAUCUAUCUAUCUAUCUAUCUGUCUGUCUGUCCGCCUGUCUGUCUGUCCGCCUGUCUGUCUGUAACUGCCUUUCUAUUCAUAUCUAUCUAUCUAUCUAUCUAUCUAUCUAUCUAUCUAUCUAUCUAUCCGCCUGUCUGUCUGUAACUGCCUUUCUAUUCAUAUCUAUCUAUCUAUCUAUCUAUCUAUCUAUCUGUAACUGCAUUUCUAUUCAUAUCUAUCUAUCUAUCUAUCUAUCUAUCUAUCUAUCUAUCUAUCUUUAA